UUCUUCGACUCCGCAUGCCUUGCCAUGGAACAUCGCUGACGGGAAACAGAUGAUUUGCGCGAAGCCGUGGACGCUCCCGCAACGGACGCCGCGAAAUGGUCGGGUCUAAACGGCUGCAUGUUUAUCUUCUUGCACGUGUGUGAAUACACCUGGCCUCUAAAUACCUCCUGGUCCGCUCUCCCGUUACCUCGGUAUCCGUUUAUCUCUUCAGUCCGACUUGCUAUUGAUUCUCGAAGUCAAAGCCACACCGAGUGUCUUGCGAGCGUCCCUGGAGACGAGCAUGGGCCUGAGUCGGAGAAGGAGAAAACCGAACCGGUACAUAUUGCAUCAACAGCCCGAACAUACGCAUCCGCGUCUCAGGCGCCACCUGAAGUGGCCUUAACUUUUCGUGUUCUUGCUUCCAUAUCUCUCAUACACCAUCAUUUUUUUUAUUUAUUCCUGCAUGGACACGUUUCACCUUGUUCCCUGAACAGGUGGGGAGAGGAUGAGGCGGUGACAAGCAUAGCGAGCAUGGCGUUCUGUGUGUUAUUUGUGUGCCAAGAGAGGGGAAGUCACCUUACGAAGCAAACACCAAGAAAUCUCAAAGAAAUCGGUUAGCCGUACUCCGGGACGACCAUGGGAAGGAGCUGUUGAGGAGAGAUCGGAGAUACCAUUUGUGGCAAUGGUCCUAGGAGCGCGAGUCCUGCUAAGAGAUUUCGGCGGC